AUGCCACCGUCUCGAAAGCCGCCUGCUACACCCCCACGCUCAUCCUCAUCCAACGCCAGCUCACCAGCCACCCCUAUCAACAAAAAACGUCUAUCAUCCAUACCCUCAGCCAACAACUCGGCCGACUCGCUCCCUGAAGUUACCCCAAGCGCCUCUUCCAACAACAUAUACCUCUUGAACGACGGCAGCGUUUCCAAGGGCAAUCUAUCUGUAGAAAGCACUUCGGCAUUACCCAAUGUGCCCUCCCUUAAUCUAACAUUCUUCGAUAAUGAGUCAUCCGAUUUACUUAAUCUAACAAAAAGUCUUGGCGCCAACUUGACUGUGAGUUCAAGUCCCUCCUCGUCAGCCACAGUAUCAAAACUCACCAAGGCAACCGAACUUUUGACUUCAUCGCUGCGGCACUCACCACCUCUCACCUCAUCCAAGUCUUCCUCAGCUUCAUCUUCUGCCACGACAUGGACGGAUUUUCCACAGCCGCCUACCAACACCGUCAAACCAAGCGAUACCAGCAAACGAGCGCUAGACGAGUUUGCACGUGCCAAGGACGAUUUCAGCAAAGAAGCCAAUGUACGCCAGCAGCACGAGUAUACAAUCAUGCAGUUUAGACAUCAUGUCAACACCCUCCAACAACAGCAGCAGGUCCCCGGUGCAGCAACAGCAGCCCAAUAUGCACCAUUGUCGAACGAAGAGAUCGAACGCGCUGCUAGGGUACGCGUAGAAUUAGAGCGGACCUGCAAGGAGCUAAAGAUCUAUCGUGAUACUUUAUCCGAGGGCAUUGCUAAUAUGGCUGACAAGCAAGCUGAAGAGCACCACAGAGCUCUAAUAACGCAAGUUAAGUCUCUCACACGAGAACGCGAUGCAUUGAAACAGGAAACUGAAAACCUCAGUCGAGUGCGUGACGAGGUUAUCAAUGAAAUGGUCAUCCUCAACACACAGAAUGCCGAGCUCAACAGUAUGAAUAACGAUCUAUCACGGCGGGUGACAGCUCGCGAACGAGAGGCUGCUGCAGUGAUGGCCGGUACAUCGUUUCUGUACCCAACCUCUUCUACAUCCACCGAAUCGCAAUCGCCAGGUACCAUGCAGCGCAAGUCCUCAGAAACUAGUGUGGACAUCCCAUCUAUUGCGUCCCGUGAUAGCUUUAAUGGCACACAGGCACCCAAGUUGUUUAAAAUGAAAAAAAGCCCGUUCAAUCGCUUUGGCGGUGGCAUGAAAUCGAGCAAGACCGACCCAGCAUUGUCGACAUCCGCGGAGAGCAGCAGUGGACCAUACAAUCUUCCCAAUGCCAGCGUAAGCAGCCAAACCCAUUCGUUCCAGCCAACACCGUUCCUGAGACCUGUCAAGUGCAGUGUUUGCUAUGAAAAGAUGUGGGGUCUUUCGGAAUAUCGCUGUCAAGGAUGUGGCAUGGCUUCCCAUGGUAAAUGUCUGAGUCACGUGCCAUCCAUGUGUUUUGCUUCUACGGCCAGCUCGUUGGAGUUGACGAGCCCAAUGGAAAUGGAAACACCCAAAGCUUUGAGCAUGUUUGGAGCCGAUCUAUGUUCACAGGCAGCGCAAGAAGGCCGAGACGUCCCGCUGGUCGUGGAAAAAUGUAUCGAGGCGGUCGAGAACAGAGGCAUGGACUAUGAAGGCGUUUACCGUAAAUCAGGCGGUGCCGCACAAAUGCGAGCCAUCCAAGUUGCCUUUGAUCAAGGCGAUGCUAUUGAUCUAAACAACGAGGACAAAUAUAAUGAUAUCUGCGCUGUAACAAGCGUGCUCAAACACUAUUUCCGACAACUCCCUAAUCCACUACUUACUUACGAACAAUACAUGAAUUUCAUUAAUGCUGUCUCUCUACCACUUGGCCCUGAAAAAGCAGACAAGUUCAUUGAGCUAUUAUCCCAGCUACCCAAGGCAAAUUACGAUACCCUUAAAAUGUUAAUGGAACAUCUUCAACGUGUGAGUCGAAAUAGCCUAGAAAAUCGAAUGACGGUGAAGAACCUGUCACUCGUCUUUGCGCCCACACUGAUGCGUGAUAGAGAUUCAGCGCGUGAUUUUAUGGACAUGAGCUAUACCAACGCCACGAUGGAAUACUUGAUCACAUACGCUCAUGAAGUGUUUAUUGACGAAGGACGGUAG